AUGGCGGCGCCAUGGCCGAACUUCGAGGCCGCGCGCGUCGAGGCGGUCGAAGCGUACCUGCUGGAGCAGCGCGCCAGCGACAAGAAGAUCAGCUGGCGCACCGCGCUGAAUAACCAUGCCUCGACGCGCCCUAAAGAGCACGGAGGCGCUUUGGUCCGAGCCGUCACCAAUUGCAAGGAAUUCGCUGCCUCUGGUGCGGGCUGGCGGUGCACCCUGACUUUGCCGAACAGCUUUGCGCCGGGAGAUGGCCGUCGGCUCGUUGCGAUCGGGGAGAGCGAGACGAAAAACGAAGCGUCGGAAUUCGCUUGCCUCCGAGCCGUCGGUUCGCUCGUCAUCGACAACCCAGGCCAGGUUGUGCUCCGACCGGUGCACUGGAAGGUAACGCCCGACGUGCUCGUGGCCAAUCUCCCCGGCGUCGCCGCCAACCCUGCCUCUGGCGGGCGCGCGCUGCCAGUGCGCACCCCUGCGCGGCUCCAGGGCGCGGGCUCGGAGGCUGACGCGCAUGACGCUGACGCGCGCUUGGUUGAACUCGUCGAAGACAUCCUCAAAACGCACGGCGGCGAGUUCGAUCCGCCGCGGAUUUCCCAGAAGAAGGCGCGCUGGCGCGACGAGCGCCCGUGGGGCACGUUCAAUAAGCUUUUAAUGCCUGGGGGGCUGAAGGGCUUCCUCGACAAACGCUCCGAUAAUUUCGCUCGGCGCGCGCACGCAGGCAACAAAGGCAUGCUCAUCACAUGGGCGAACUGGGUGACGCAGGAGGGGCGCGCCCCGCCACCACGGGAGCGCCCCGCCGCGGGCGAA